GGAUCCCAUCUGUCCGUGUAAUGCGAGUUUUUAUUGUAGCGACGAUACUCCUCCCGGAACCUCCUUGACAUUUUGCAGACUUAGAAGGAACCAGAAAUAUUAAGCGAGCGAAGGGGCAACAACAGAGAGGUCUCCACCUCCUCCUUGCUCCGAGGCGUCAGGAGAAAGGCGCUUCGUUUGCGCGGAGUUCAGGGCUGCUCAGCGCCCAUCCCUAAGCAGAGCGAGCAGGCAACUCAUAAUGGGACUCCGCAGAGGCCAGGUCCUUAAAACCGGGUGGAAAUCAAGGCACAGGAAGUUAAGCCCCAGAGGUGCGUGAAGACACUCAAGUUACAUGUUCCAGCUCUUUCUUCCUCGUGACUCACACGCCCCAAAAACCGAGGCCCGCUUGCAGCCCGCGCUGGCUGCCUCCUUACGCACCCCGCCGCCCGCCCAGUUUCUCCAUUUCUGCGCCGCCCGCCCGCAGUCAAACUGCUGUUGUUCCAACUCUGUUUUCUGGAGAGGGGCUGGCAGGGACUCGGCGGAGCAGCCUCUCCUUCUCCCCCGCCCUUCCCUCCAGUGCUUGGAGGAUUAUUGCUCAAAGCCGGCUGCUCCAGCGCAAGGGAGGGAUUUACCUGCUGCUGCUGCUGCUGGGAGCUGUUGUUGUUGUUAGCAGCGCCUCCCCGCCUCUCUCCCCAGAGGCAGCAGCGCAGCGGCGCCCAGAGGAUUGCGCGCGGCUGAGCCAACUCCCAGGGAACCCGCUCGGGGGAGCGUGUGCGCGUCGGGGGGAAGCGGGCGGUUCGCGCCUCGCCGAGGAGAAAACUUUCUGCUCUCCGGACAUGGGAGGCUCACUACUCUAGAUAAAGCAGCACUGCCGAGCAAAACAACCGCCGAGGAGGCGCUCGAGGCCGCCCAGGACUUUUUCCGUUUCUCUGAUUUGCAAGUUGGGUAUUGUCUAAGGAAGGAGAACCAACAUACUGUACAAACCCAGAAUUUUAAAGAAGGAUCAAGGAAUAAACAGUUUAGUGUUUGCAUAGGAAUUGGAAGGAGAAUGAUGUAAGGCAGAGAUCAAAGAUGCUCUCCAGACUUGACACUUGUGAUGCAGUGAUCAGCAGCAGAAGAGAGCAAAGGAAAUUGAAUAUGGCCUCAUAGAAUUGAACUUUGGAGUGUUUAUGAUGUCCACAGGUGCGAGUGGCAGGAAAAAGCAUCAGGCUGUGAGCCUCGAAGGAGUUGACCCAGAAACCUGCAUGAUAGUGUUUAAAACUCACUGGGCACAGGUGGUGAAAAUAUUAGAGAAGCAUGACCCUUUGAAAAAUAUUCAGGCAAAAUAUGGGGCAAUUCCUCCUGAUGAGGCCAGCACUGUGCAGAAUUACGUAGAACACAUGCUCUUCCUGUUAAUCGAAGAACAAGCAAAAGAUGCUGCCAUGGGACCUAUCCUGGAGUUCGUUGUUACCGAGAAUAUCAUGGAGAAACUCUUCCUUUGGAGUCUCAGACGGGAGUUCACUGAUGAGAUGAAAAUCGAACAGUUGAAGAUGUAUGAAAUGCUUGUCACUCAGUCCCACCAGCCCUUGCUGCAUCACAAGCCCAUCUUGAAACCUUUGAUGAUGUUGCUGAGCUCUUGCUCAGGAACUACUACACCAGCCGUGGAAGCUGAGCUGGUGGUUCUUCUCAACCAGCUGUGCUCAAUCCUAGCCAAAGAUCCAUCUAUUUUAGAACUCUUUUUCCAUACCAGCGAGGACCAAGGAGCUGCAAACUUCCUAAUUUUCUCUCUCUUGAUUCCUUUCAUUCAUCGAGAAGGGACUGUGGGCCAACAGGCUCGUGAUGCACUGCUUUUUAUAAUGUCACUUUCUGCAGAAAACAAUGUUGUUGCUAACCAUAUAGUAGAAAACACUUACUUCUGUCCGGUGCUAGCCACGGGCUUAAGUGGCCUAUACUCAUCUUUGCCUACAAAGUUGGAAGACAAAGGAGAAGAAUGGCACUGUCUGCUGAAAGACGACUGGCUUCUUUCUCCAGCUCUUGUCCAAUUCAUGAACUCCCUCGAGUUCUGCAAUGCUGUAAUACAGGUGGCACAUCCUUUGAUUCGGAUGCAGCUUGUGAAUUACAUUUAUAAUGGGUUUCUGGUACCAGUUAUGGCCCCAGCAUUGCAUAAGGUGACUGUGGAGGAAGUAAUGACUACAACUGCCUAUUUGGAUCUCUUCUUGCGGAGUGUUUCAGAACCUGCUUUACUACAGAUCUUCCUCCGAUUCAUCUUGCUGCACCGCCAUGAGAAUGUGCACAUCCUGGACACCCUCACAAGCCGCAUAAACACUCCAUUUCGGCUCUGUGUGGUGUCCCUGGCAUUGUUCAGAACACUUAUCAGCUUGCAUUGUGAAGACGUGAUGUUACAGCUAGUUUUAAGGUACCUGAUACCCUGUAAUCACAUCAUGUUCAGCCAAAGAUGGGCUGUGAGGGAACGAGAUUGGUAUUCUGUAUCUGCUGCUAGAUUGCUUGCCUUGACUCCAGUGUGCUGCUCUAGUGGGAUUACUCUGACUUUUGAGAAACAAGAAAAAGAUUAUAUCCUGUGGAGGAAAAACAUACACAGGGCAGGUACAACUGAAGAGUCCAGCAGCAGAGGUACUGCAGACUCCACAUGUAUUGUGGAAUAUGGGAAGACUGUUGAUAUCAGUUACCUGCAGUACCUUUGGGAUGCUCAAUCCCUCAUACUCCACUGUAUGAAAGACUGCCAGGUUUGGUCUGCUCCAUAUGAUGGUGAAAGCCCUGAUCCACGUACCUUUAUCCAAACCCUAGCUGACGAGGAUGGUAAAAACCUAGACCAGCCCAUUUUCCGAUUUCAGCACAGAACACCUAGUAAUACAAGUUCCUCUCAGAUGACUCCUUUGGGAGAAAAGUUGCAGCUGGAGCUGGAAUGGGAUGAUAGCUAUGAUACAGGGAUCUCUCCUGGAUCUGAUUCGGGCUCUCCACAGCAUGAUAAUGCUCUAGGCAAUGUAGAGCCACAACCACCUGCAGCGCCGCCAAAGCAUAUUCAGGAAAUGAAGAAAAAUGCAAUCAUGCUGAUCAAAGGGUCAUAUAUAGAAGAAUCAGACUUUCAGGAUGAUGUCAUGGUUUAUAGGUUAUGUGCUGAAAAGGAUGCUCAGGAAGCAGACAAGGAAGCUUCGGUGUCAGAAUCUCAAAGCACAGAUGAUCGGCAGUCGCUCCCUGCCAAUGGUCCCCUUAAAAGUCCCCAGACAGACUCCAGUUUGGAGGAACACAAUAUGAAAAAUUCAAACUUGACCCAGCACGCAACAGUCAAACAAAUCCAUGACAGCGUUGCUGAAACCCCGCAGCCAGACUUGGAACUGAAGCUGUCUUGCCUAGAAGAAGACCACAAUGCUAACACGAGCUUGCUGAGCCCCGAAAGUGAGGAUUUUAUUUCCCAGUGUGAUAACAUCAUUAAGGAGUUGGAUUCUACCCCUACAGAGUUGGUAGAGCUUAAAUUGCUUAUUCCUGAACCAAUCUCUCCCGUGGAAGAGGAAGAAGACUUUGAAAAUUUUUCAGCCGACACACCAUCAGCAGAAAGUAUGCCUUCACCUUUUGGACCAAAAGAUGUAUGGUCCGGCAAUCCAGCAAGGACCCAGAGCAUCCCAUUUACAGGUCCAUUUAUCAGUGUGGUGCUCUCAAAGCUGGAAAACAUGUUGGAGAACUCCUUGCAUGUCAACUUGCUGCUCAUUGGCAUUGUCACUCAUCUGGCAAGUUACCCACAGCCCCUCCUUCGUUCCUUUCUGCUCAAUACCAACAUGGUGUUCCAGCCUAGUGUGCGGUCAUUGUACCAGGUGCUGGCAUCUGUGAAAAACAAAAUUGAGCAGUUUGCUUCCAUUGAAAAGGACUUCCCUGGACUACUCAUAGAAGCCCAGCAAUACCUGCUUUUACGGGUGGACAUGUCAGAUAUUCCUCUGGAGUCAUUGACUAAAGACAAUGCACAGCACAACCAUGCUUUGGGGAAAGGCAGAAACGUUUCUGAGGCUUCCCAGGUCAUCCUGCAACCUUUCUUUGGAAGCAAGGCAAAGAAAGGAACGGCUCUUCCCAGCGCCCCCCUGCACAUCCGGAAUGCCAUCCUGGCAGCUGCCCUCUUCCCAGAGUUUCUCAAGGAGUUGGCUGCUCUUGCACAGGAACACUCCAUACUCUGUUACAAAGUAUUUGGUGACUUUGAGAAUUUUUAUUAGGUUUAAGACUUUUUUUAAAAAAAGGAUGUUUUAAUUUAAAAAAAAAAACCACAGAGAGCUACUUAUAAAGGAAAAUUCUACUUUAUGUUCCUGGUAAUACUUGAUUGGGAGAAACUGUUACACCUUUAUGUUGGGCCUUAUUUCCUACUGUGCAGCAUAGACACUUGAUGUAUUAAUGGAACGAUUUCUUAUUCUACCAUAUUCCCACCCUUCAACUUCCUUACCUCGAGAUCCCUUCUCUGCUAUAGACACUUUUGGUUAAAAAGGCACAAUUGUGUAACCAGCUGAAAGGUGAUUUGCUUUUGUGGGUUGUUGUUUUUUCUAUCUAGGAAAGUUGGUUGCUUUGUAAGAGUGCUUACCAGGAUGAGCAUGUCAAAUCUGAUAAGCCUUUUAUGCAAAUAACAUUUUAGGUAUCUAUUUGCCAGGGGAGGGUCACAAUUCCUUCCCUACUCUCAGCAUUGUGAGUGGCUGGAGUUGUGAAUCCAAAUGGAUUCAACAAAUAUAAGCCUGCGACUUGCUAAAAGCAGGUGCUGUGCUGAAUACAUACCAUAUUGCCUUACACUGUGGACAAGUCUGACACUCUCAGCUGUUGAUUCCUUUGAAGUUUAAAUGAAAUGAGUAAAUGGAUGUUGAGUGCAGACUGUAUGGAAUUCCCUCCUCCCCCCCUGGCCAUUUCUCAGCAUUCUUUGAAAAUGCUAGAUCUCUACCUAAACUAAACGCUCAAGCCUUAAAUUUUAGUAAUAUUUGCACACAAUGAAAUGUUUCUAUGCAAACCGUAGCCUUUUUUGGUAGACCAUAUUUGUACACUUUUAUUGAUAAGCUGAACACAAAUACUCCAGUUAUUGUUUGAGUAGUGUUAAAAGGUUACCUUCAUCUGGGAGUUGUUACUAUCUAUUUUUAAGUACUAUUUUUUUAAACAAAAUUGAAAAAAAUAGCCUGCCUUUAUAAGCUGUGUUUUUCUUUUCUUUUUAGCUUAAAAUGUUAUUUUGGUUCAAGGAAAGCUUUGUGGUAUUGUAAAACACUAGCUGUUUAUUUAUGAUGUAUGUUGACUUGUCCUAACAUUGCACUUUUGAAGGAUGGCAGAAAUGUUUUGCUCCCUGGUAGUAGCGUAGAGGAUGUUACUUGGGACAGAUACACUAGAACCUGUUGCAGCUGCUGUCCAAUAGCUGAAGAAAAUUUUCUUUUGUGAGUAAUGAGACUCAUUAGAACGGGUCCAAACAUGAUGAAUUGCUGCAUUACAGCUGCAUUUCAGUUUGUGCUAGUAAGAGUAAUUGUUCCUCCAGUGCUGAAGUUGGCUUUGUGUUAAUAGUGGCUCUGUGCUUGAAAGCCUUCAUUUUCUUUUACAGUAGGUGAAUAUGACAAACAGCUCCAAAACCAAUGAAAACAGUAUCUGAAGACAAGACUUUGCUCCUCUUUGUAAAUUCCACAUUGAGGUACUAACAGUAGCAGUUGGGGUUUGCAUGUUCUAUGCUAGAACAUAGCACCUGAGCAAAUGGGAAUUUCACAGACAUCUUUCGGGAGGGUUGCCUAAAAUGGUGUGUAUAUUUGUUUAGAAGUGCAAUAAUGGCAAGAGAGGGAUUUCAGUGUCCCCAUUUCUUGCUCCACUGGUCUACUGUGACUGGGUCCAUUUGCUUAGUCUCCUCUCCCACCAUCAUCCAUGGGCGGAUUUAGAAUUCUGCAGGCCAUAGAAAUCAAAGAGGACAGAGCUUCUUCCUUUAGCUUCUCAAAGCAUUGCAAGCUGUAAAAAUCUUAUGCAGGGAAGGAUCUGCCAGUCCUGUUACUUGGCCCGUUCCCCAUGUCUGGUGACAUCUUCCUAAAAAAUAAAAUGAUCUCAUAAUUCUAGUCCUGCUACCUUCUCUGUGGGAAGCGAUCCAUCCUUUUGAUUGACUGAUUAAUUGUGUAUGUGUUAACUGUAGCAUAAUUUUUAAAACUGCUCUGAAAAGACAUUGUAUUUUCAUGCUCUUAUUUAAAGUUAAGAUAGGUGAGGUUUUUUAAAUAACGUGGGUGUGCUAAUCACAUAAAAUGUGAUUAUAUUUGCUGCAUUUGAAAAUCAGACAUUUCAGACGUUGGACAUUUGAAAACCAGCAAGGCUACCAUAGUAUGGACUAUGUAGUAGUUUCAUGAAAUUUUGACAGCUUGUUGCUGAAAGGGAGCAAUCGUGCACACAACCUCGUAAUGUUUAGGCUUGGUUCAAGGGUUAACAGAGCAUUUAAUAGUGGUAUAGAAAAGUAUAACAGAUUACUUUGUUAGAAACUAUUCAUCUUUUGUUUGAAUCAUGAUUACAGCAGGAAGGGCAGAUUCCACUUGUUGGUCAGUCAGUGAAAUGUAGGCCCAGGAUAUGGCAUCUUAUAUUAAUCGGGGAAGGGCCAUAGUUCAGUGGCGGAACAUGUGCUUUCCAUGAAAAAGGUCUCAGCAUCAAUCCCUGGCAUCUCCAGGUAAGACUGGGAAAGAUUCCUGUCUUAAACUCUGCUACUAAGUCAAGUUGCCCUCAAGCCGUUCACUAAUCUUCUGAGCUACAUUCAGUGGAGAUACUUUGUGCCUCUCUUAUCUAAGCCACUGUUAACAUUUGUGAAGUUAGGUUCUUGCUGAGAGUAGAGAGGGGAUAUUUUGUCUCUGUGGAUUUUAAUAAAAUUUAAAAAUAUGAAUUGGAGAAUUACUAUACACAGUCUUUACAGUGACUUUUUGGAGGGUUAGUAAUAGAAAACCACAGAAUGAUAUACACAAAUAAGUAAAAAAGACAGCUACAAAUUGCUGGUAAGCUUGAUGAUCCUUGACACAUAGGAGUACAAAAUACAAAGACUUUGCUAUUUUGGCUUGUUUCAUGUCAAAAGGCACCCAAAUCUUUUUUUAAAAAACAACAACCACCCCUCCAAACAUCUCUGAAAUUGAGUGCUGCAGUCUUCUGGUGUAAUUAUCCGAGCCAUGAUUAUAGCACUAAUUCAAGCUGUAGUGUUGUAAUUAUUCCUAUAUAAAUGCCAUCUCAGGGAAAGUGAAAAUUGCAUCUUGCUUAAUGUGGCUUUGGAUUGCUUUGCAUAAGUAAGCUAUUUGGAAUAAUUUAGUGAUGGGUACUAGCCCAAAAAGGCAUUUAGAAAGCAAGCUAGCCCUAAAAUACUUCUGCAGCAGGAAUAGUUAACAGCUUUCCUUAAGUCAGCUCAAAUUAAGCAUUUUGCUGAUUUGACUACCAUUCUACUAGGGUUUGUUGUGCAUCUGUUAAAGUGACUGGAUCUUUGUGGCCAUUGAUUUAACACUCACAUUAGGCCUCUGUGUUCAGGCUUGGCUUUAAAAAAA